UCAACACUCUUGCGCAGUGCCCCCCCAAGUUGGACACAAUUAACAUGCUCCCCCAAUCGACGCCGACGAUGGACAAUGCUCCUUUGUCAGUUGCCAUAGAUCACAUUGUUUCUGGGCUCUUUGAGCAAUUCCCAGAACAAGUGUUUGAGGAGCACCACCCGCGGUACAAAGCUCUUCAAGACAGUUACUGGUCUGGGUACCAAAAGACUUUGAAACCCCGUUGUUUCUUUCAACCACAUUCCGCGGAACAGCUCGGUCGAGCAGUGACUCUCUGCGCAAGAGGACAAGUUCCUUUCGGAGUGAAGAGCGGCGGUCACGGCCACUUCGCAGGGCAGUCCAGCAUUGAAGGAGGCAUUCAAUUUGACUUGGUGAAGCUCAAGACGCUUGAGAUCAAGAGGGGUGAAGGCACAGUCCUGGUCGGUCCUGGUAACACCUGGGGUUCUGUGUAUGAGAAGUUACAGAAGGAAGGCUUGAUCGUCGUAGGCGGCAGAUCUGCGAACGUUGGGGUCGGCGGGUACUUAGUUGGGGGCGGCAUAUCGUUUUACGCAGCACGACUCGGCUGGGGCAUCGACAAUGUACGCUCUUUCGAGAUCGUGCUCGCUACUGGCCGCGUCGUCACCACGAGUGCGGAGAGCGAGCCCAAUCUCUACCGUGCACUACGAGGUGGCGGCUCCAACUUUGGAAUUAUAACAGCUUUCGAGCUGGAAGCUUAUCCUUAUAAUGGCAUGUGGGGAGGUCGCACGCUGAUUGACAGUGUACAUGCCAGACAAGCUAUCGCUGCUUACGAGGGAUUUGUGAGCAAGCAGAACGCCAACCCGAAAGGCCACACAAUUUUCAUCGCGACCUACGAUGAGGGACCGCUUCGGCUCAUCCAAUACAUGGUCUACACGGAACCCCAGGCUGACCUGCCCAUAUUCGAAGAGCUUCGGAAAGUUCCAACAAUCGAAUCUGAGCUGGGACUCACAGAUUAUACGGCGCUGGCAAACAAUAUUGCCGGUUUACAAGAUGGUGUUGGCUUUCGUGCCGCUGUUGCCACCCUCACUCUCAAACUCGACAAAGACCUCCUCAAUUUUGCUUAUGAUGUUUUCGUGACGGAGGCUGGGCCUAAGUCACAAUACAUCAAUUCAACAAUGGAGUUUCACGCCAUUCCCCAAACACCUAGUCCUGCUGAAAACAGGUUCGGAUUGGAAGGUGUUGAUGGGCCUCUGGUCUCCUUUCUGUUAAUCUUCGUUACUUCAGAAGCGCGGUAUGAUAACGAGGUGACGGAGACACUGCAGAAGAUCAUUGGACUUGUUGAGAAGGAAGCCAGGAAGAGAAACCUGUAUCACCCUUUCCUGUUUGCGAACUAUUCGGCGCAGUGGCAACCUGUGAUGGAUAGCUAUGGCGAAGGCAACAUCAAGUAUUUGACUGAGGUCGCCAACGUGUACGAUCCUAACCGGGUUUUCCAGCGCUUACAGCCUGGCUCAUUCAAAUUCAGCAGUCCACGGAGAGCUAUACAGGCAAAGGUAUGAAGGCAGGACCGGCAGGUUUCUUGGAAAAUCACAAAACGAGAAUAUCGAUCAACUAUCAAC